AUGAGCUCAGCUACCGCUGCCGAGCUUGAUGUCCGUGCAUUAGAGAAACUAAAGGAUAUUUACGGUGAUCUUGCACAGGUACCAACACUUUCCGCAGGGCGUAUCCAUAGAAAUGGAAAGUUUAUACAGGUUUCAUCUGUAUGGGAUAAUCACGCAAUUUCACUCAACAAAAGCACCAAAACUCAGAGAUCUUCAGUUGUCGAAAAAAUAAAUGCUACUGGAGAGCUGCGCUUAAUCUCGACAAAUUCUAUGCCUUUAACGAAUUUUGAGUUAGUUUUCGAUCAAACCGAGCAUAUUGAAGUUUUGUGUUCUGAUCUCAGUGGACAAAAGAAGCAUGGACUCAUAUAUGGAAUGGGCGCAGAUUCUUCUCGUGGUGAGGGACAUCUGCUCUAUUGUGCCGAGAGGAAUUUCAAAGCGGCACAAUAUUUCGAUGUGGAUUUGGAGUGGGAUAAUGACGAAAAAAUAAUCGAAAGCAAAGUGGGGAAGAAGUACGAGCUUCACGAAUCAUGGGGCGAAUCUUGUGGUGAUGUAAAACAGCCAGUGCUCUGUAUUGUCGAUAUUUUCUCCGGAGCAGUCACUGCGCUUGAUCAAAUUCCUCCUGGAAUAUCGCCAUCCUUUGGAAUCUGGGCACCUGAUGAUGCUGGAAUUGUGUUUUUUGGUCUCCAAGACGAACCAUUCAGAUUAGGCAAAAUAGCGUGCAAUAACAGACCAGGCGCAAUGUACUACUUUGAGCUGAGCUCAGCGAAAAUUCAUGUUAUCGGUCACGAAAAUAUUGCUGCUGAAAAUCCAACAUUCUCUCCGGAUGGGAGCACAUUAGUAUACUUCCAACGCCCUGCCGACGGACCUCACCAAGCUGUCGUGGAGUGUGUGAAAGUGCCGUGGCCGUACGAUGGCUCUCCUCCAGUCGUUAUUGUACCAACUGUGCACGAAGUUGACCGUCCUUGUCAAUUCCCGGGCCUUUCGUUCACGCAGAUGCCGCAAAGGUGCUGGACUGCGGACGGAAGCUCCCUGAUCGUCGGCACUGCGUGGAGAAGCAAAAUGGAGCUGGUGGCAAUAGAUGUGUCUAAUGGUGAUGUGGCUAGGUUAACGAAUCAUAGUCAAUGUCAUGGGAGCUGGCAGGUGGUGGAUGUGUGCGAAGACGAAAUUCUUGCCGUGGUUUCUGCUCCGAACCGGCCGCCUGCUUUACUUCUCGGAACAAUUCCUGCCAGAGGUCAAGAAGAAAAGAUGAUUUGGACUCGACUUGAUAACUGCUCUAUCAUUGAGAAACGAAGAAAUCUCUUAAAUUAUACGUGGCAGUUAGUUGAUUUCCAACGAGCAGGAGAAACACCAUAUGAGGGGGUACUCAUGAUGCCAAAUGAGGGCAGCUCUUUACCGUUGGUGGUUUGCCCUCAUGGUGGGCCUCACGGAGUCUCAGUUGCUGGGUGGCCUCGACGAAGUGUAACUGCAUUGAUCAAUUCCGGGUUUGCCUUCCUGUAUGUCAACUAUCAUGGCUCGCUUGGUUUUGGAGACGAAUUCGUCCGGUCAUUACCCGGCAAAUGCGGCAAUUUGGAUGUUAAGGAUGUGCACCACGCCGUGGUGACGGUGCUCGAUGAAGAGCCGCGUCUUGAUCGCAAUCGUGUUGUGCUAUACGGGGCAUCUCAUGGUGGAUUCUUGGUGUCGCAUCUCAUAGGACAAUAUCCAGGCUUUUACAAGUCUUGCGUCGCACACAAUCCAGUGCUCAAUAUGGUUGCCAUGCACGAAAUCACAGACAUCCCGGAAUGGACGUUGAUUGAGGGGACAGGAAAGAUAGGUGACUGGACGAAAGUGCUGUCCGAAGAGCAGCAGAAAAUGAUGUUCAAUAAUUCACCAAUCGCUCAUGUUGACAAGGUUAUAACUCCAUACCUUCUACUGAUUGGUGAGAAGGAUCUGCGAGUACCUCCUCAUUAUCGCGCCUUCAUCCGUAAUCUCUUAGCUCGAGGGAUCCCGUGCAAAGUUCUUACUUAUCCUUCGUCUGCACAUCCGAUAGAUGAAGUGGAUGCUGACGCGGAUGCCUCUAUAAAUCUCAUCAGAUGGUUUCAGAAGGCAUUCAAAUGA